ACCCUUGCUCUCCAAUCUUCGAGACCGACGAUCUCCUUGCCUCAAUCAUCAUCUGGAAAGUGUACCAUCGUCUCCAUCAUCAAACCCAUUCUCCCCAUUCAUUGCAUUGAACCUAGAGUGAGAAUGAAGAACAGAAAGAGGUCUCGAGCUAGUGAGGAUGCGGGGCCUACAGAGGAUAGACACCGGCGAUUACAUGCUUCUAGCCGGCGCGGCGAUCAAGCUGCGACCUCUCACGCGGUUGAGGCUUCAGCUCCAGCUCCAGUUGAUUCUAUGCAGUCGCCCAUGGUAGAGGCUUCAGCUCCAGCUCCAGUUGAGCCUACUGAUCGAGUUCCUACUCCGCCGUCUCCCAUGGUUGAGGUACCUCGCCAUGAGUCAGCAGGCGAGGAGUCAUCAGGCGAGUCGUCAUCCGGCGAUGAGUCAUCCGGCGAUGAGUCAUCCGACGAGGAGUCAUCCGGCGAGGAGGGGUCAUAUGACGAGGAUAGUAUUCCUCCUCCUGAUGUUGAUGCUGAUGUCGUGCCAGAGGCACAGGGUGGCGAGGAGGACCUGAUCCAGAGGUUGCCGCCGUUUCCGGGGGGGCCUGUUGAUCUGUCGCUUCUCACGCAUUAUGCUGAUCACAAGGCUCCCUGGACGUGGCAUGCACUCCUACGCACAGACGAGCGGUAUGUGGACCGUCGACACUUGAGGGUGGCCACAGCUGGGGGGAAGGUUUGGAACCUUGCUUGUGAUGGUGAUUCAGACAGUCACAGGAGGGUUCGAGAGUUGAUUGAGCAGACGGGUCUUCAUCAGCUACCCUGGUGCAGCUACUCGGAGACAGAUGCAGGCCUCAUUUUGGCCCUUGUGGAGCGAUGGCAUGAGGAGACUAGUAGCUUCCACAUGCCGUUUGGGGAGAUGACCAUCACCCUGGACGACGUGUCGGCUCUUCUCCAUCUCCCAAUGGGGUCGAGGUUCUAUACGCCUGGGAGGGGGGAGAGGGACGAGUGUGCAGCGCUAUGUGCUGAGUUGAUGGGAGGAUCUGUUGCUCGUUAUCAUGCUGAGUUUGAUAAGAACAGGAGCCAGACUAUUCGCUUUGGGGUCUUGCAGACCCUGUAUGAUGCUGCGUUGGAGGAGCACCGAUAUGAGGACGCUGCACGGAUUUGGCUGGUGAACCAGCUAGGCGCGACGCUCUUUGCUAGCAAGAGCGGUGGAUACCACACGACCGUCUACUGGAUAGGUAUGUUGCAGGAUCUCGGUCGAGUGUCCGAGUACGCGUGGGGCGCAAUUGCGCUCGCUACGUUGUACGACCAGCUUGAUCGAGCGUCCAGGAGGGGGACGGCCCAGAUGGGAGGUUUCAGCUCACUCUUGCUAGGAUGGGCCUACGAGUACCUUUCUGAUCGCGUCAUUAUCCGGAGGGCGGAUCCGGAGUACUCACAGGACCAGCCUAGGGCGCGGCGGUGGGUUAUGUCCCGGGUCGGGCAUGCAGGCCUCGAUGAGAGGCGAGUCAUGCUCGAUGAGCUGACGGUGGAUGACAUUAUAUGGACCCCAUUUGAGGACCAUCGGGCUCAUCGACCACGGGAUCAGAGGGCCAUGUAUUCUGGCUACAUCCGGACGCCAUUUGGCCGUGUUGUUCGACGACAUCUACCAGAGAGGGUUCUGCGCCAGUUUGGCUACAUCCAGGAUGUCCCUCGACACCCCUCCGAGAUCCAGACGACUGGGUCCCUUGCUGAGACCGCAGAUGCUGCCUAUGCUGAUUUUGUGCCGCACCUGCGCCCUCAGGGGAUCCCUGUUACUCAUUCGGGAGAGGCUGUGGAGGAGUACAUGAGGUGGUAUGGCGGUGUGUCCCAUCGGUUCAUCAUCCCUGAUGAUAGGAGGGAGGAGUUCAGUGCUGUGACGGUUGUGCGUCGGGUCGUGGACUUGUUGGAGCAGUCACUGGAGGUGCCAGAUGCUCUUGCAGUUGGCACGCAUGCCCGAUCCCUCACUGAGAGGGCGCUGGAUCUUAUUAGAUCCAGCGCAUUCAUCGGUACCCAGGGAGUAGCCUUUGCUGCUGUCCGAGGAGCUGGAGCUGCAGGAGGCAGAGGUCGUGGAGGUAGAGCCCGUGGAGGCAGAGCCCGUGGAGGCAGAGCCCGUGGAGAGGGUGCACCUGCAGAGGGCGCUCGUGGAGGCAGAGCUCGUGGACCUAGAGGUCGGAGGGGUGGCGGUAGGGGUCGGGGCGAGUGACUGUAUAUUUGUAUAUAUUUUUUUGUGUACUUUUAUAUUAUGACAUGUGACGACAUUGUAUGGACUCUUUUUAUAUUAACCACGCUUUCUAUUUCCACC